GAGGAGGAGGACGCGGCGGACUGCGCGCGGGCUCCGGAGCCCUAGCGCCCGCGCCGGGAGCGCAGUUCGCGCAGGCGGCCGCCGCCUGGGCCGCGCAGCCCCUCGUGCAGCCCCCCCGUGGAAGGGUGUCGCUGUUCCUGACGGGGAGGGGGGGGACUCGAGGAGCCCCCUGGUCUCCAGCCUUUAGGGAAGGAAUUCGCCCACCUCCUGGCUCCCCACCGCUCCUCCCCGUGCGCCGCCGUCCUCUUCCCGCAGCGCCACCCGCGUCUGUCCUGCCCUCCUGUUUCUUGGCCACAGGCGAGCUCCAAAGUUUCUGGAGAGUGUUUGCAACGAUUGCUCCUACACCUUAAACACAGACCACCUUUCCCUCCUCUCGGCGACCGGGGCGAAAACGCUCACACUCUCCGGAUUCAAAACCAACGCGCUCACGGGGAAAUACUGGAGGUUUGAGAAACUUUUGUGGAACUCAUCAGCUCCCAGGAGCGCCCCGCGGAAUGCCCGGCCGCCUCUUGUCCCCGCUUCCCUCCGGCACGACCUGUCUACAUGGCCACCUGGUUGGAGUCCUUCCUUGAGCUGACUUGCUUCUUCUGCCGGGCUGGAGGCUCUUUAGAGUAGCAGAGUUCUCAGGGCUAUCGGCUGUUUUUGCUGGGGCUGCUGAAUUCCGCUCAUUGCAUUCCUUUUGCCUCACUUCUUCCUUCUGUUGGCCGCCCCGUUCCAAGGAGCCGGGACCAUGGACUUGGAUGCGGGCCGGGCUCCUGGCCCCGCGCGGCUCCCGCUGCCCAGCCCCUCGGCGCUCCAGCUCCUGCGCGUCUUUGGGCUGCUCUUCCUGCUCCCGGGGCCAGCCCGCGUCGGCGGGGCCGAACAGCGCCAGGUGUUCCAAGUACUGGAGGAGCAGCCCCCUGGCACGCUGGUGGGCACCAUCCAGACGCGCCCCGGCUUCACCUACAGGCUCAGCGAAAGCCACGCCCUGUUUGCCAUCAACAGCAGCACCGGGACCCUGUACACCACGGCCACCAUCGACCGCGAGAGCCUGCCCAGCGACGUGAUCAAUCUGGUGGUCCUGUCCAGCUCGCCCACCUACCCCACCGAGGUGCGAGUGCUAGUGUGGGACCUGAAUGACAACGCCCCCGUCUUCCCGGACCCCUCCAUCGUGGUCACUUUCAAGGAAGACAGCAGCAGCGGGCGCCAAGUCAUCUUGGACACAGCCACCGACGCGGACAUCGGCUCCAAUGGCGUGGACCACCGCUCCUACCGCAUCAUCCAGGGCAACGAGGAGGGUCGCUUCAGCCUGGACAUCACCGUGAACCCGAGCGGGGAGGGCGCCUUCCUGCAUCUGGUGUCCAAGGGCGGGCUGGACAGAGAGGUCACGCCGCACUACCAGCUGCUGGUGGAAGUGGAGGACAAGGGCGAGCCCAAGCGGCGGGGCUACCUUCAGGUAAACGUGACUGUGCAGGACAUUAAUGACAACCCCCCGGUGUUUGGCAGUUCUCACUACCAGGCGGGGGUGCCUGAGGACGCGGCCGUGGGCUCCAGCGUCCUCCAGGUGGCGGCGGCGGACGCGGACGAGGGCACCAACGCGGACAUCCGCUAUCGGCUGCAGGACGAGGGGACCCCCUUCCAGAUGGACCCCGAAACGGGGCUUAUCACCGUACGGGAGCCCCUGGAUUUUGAGGCCCGGCGCCAGUACUCGCUGACGGUGCAGGCUCUGGACCGCGGCGUGCCUUCCCUCACCGGGCGCGCGGAGGCGCUGAUUCAGCUGCUGGACGUCAACGACAACGACCCGGUGGUGAAGUUCCGCUACUUCCCCGCCACCUCGCGCUACGCCUCGGUGGAUGAGAACGCUCAGGUGGGCACGGUGGUGGCUCUGCUCACCGUGACGGACGCGGACUCCCCCGCGGCCAACGGGAACAUCUCCGUGCAGAUUCUCGCGGGCAACGAGCAGCGCCACUUUGAGGUGCAGAGCAGCAAAGUGCCGAACCUGAGCCUCAUCAAAGUGGCCAGCGCCCUGGACCGGGAGCGCAUCCCUUCUUACAACCUGACCGUGUCCGUCUCAGAUAACUAUGGGGCGCCCCCUGCCGCCGGGAGCCAGGCGCGCUCCUCGGUGGCCAGCCUGGUGAUAUUUGUCAAUGACAUCAAUGACCACCCUCCCGUCUUUGCCCAGCAAGUGUACAGAGUGAACCUGAGCGAGGAGGCGCCCCCGGGAAGCUACGUGAGUGGAGUGUCUGCCACAGAUGGCGACUCUGGGCUCAAUGCUAAUCUGCGUUACAGCAUCGUUUCUGGCAAUGGACUAGGUUGGUUCCGUAUCAGUGAACAUAGUGGCUUGGUGACCACUGGGGCUGCUGGGGGCUUGGACCGUGAACUUGCUUCCCAAGUUGUACUGAAUAUCAGUGCUAGGGACCAGGGUGUUCACCCCAAGGUCUCCUACGCCCAGCUUGUAGUAACUCUGCUGGAUGUGAAUGAUGAGAAGCCAGUGUUUAGCCAGCCAGGAGGGUACGAUGUAUCUGUGGUUGAGAACACCCCAAUAGGGACAGAACUGCUAGUGCUUGGGGCAACCGAUGGGGACCUGGGUGACAAUGGGACGGUGCGCUUCUCCCUACAAGAGGCCGAGACUGACCAGAGGUCCUUCCGCCUGGACCCGGUGUCCGGGAGGUUGAGUACGGUCUCCUCCUUGGACAGAGAGGAGCAAGCGUUCUACUCCCUGUUGGUCCUGGCCACAGAUCUGGGCUCCCCGCCCCAGUCCUCGUUGGCUCGCAUAAAUGUCAGUCUCCUGGAUGUGAAUGACAACAGUCCUGUGUUCUACCCAAUCCAGUACUUUGCUCAUAUUCAGGAGAAUGAGCCUGGCGGUAGCUACAUCACUACUGUGUCUGCCACGGACCCCGACUUGGGUCUCAAUGGAACUGUCAGAUACAGCAUAUCAGCUGGGGACAGGUCUCGGUUUCAGGUCAAUGCUCAGAGCGGGGAGAUUUCUACCAGAAUGGCCCUAGACAGAGAAGAAAAAACAGCUUACCAGUUGCAAAUAGUGGCUACUGAUGGUGGCAAUUUGCAGUCUCCCAACCAGGCAAUAGUGACCAUCACUGUACUGGACACUCAAGACAACCCACCCGUGUUCAGCCAGGCUGCCUACAGCUUCGUGGUCUUUGAGAAUGUGGCUCUGGGAUAUCACGUGGGUAGUGUGUCUGCGUCCAGCAUGGAUCUCAAUGCCAACAUCAGUUAUCUCAUUACCACUGGGGAUCAGAAAGGUAUGUUUGCAAUUAACCAGGUCACUGGGCAGCUUACAACAGCCAGUGUGAUUGACAGAGAAGAGCAAUCCUUUUAUCAGCUGAAAGUGGUGGCCAGUGGGGGCGCUGUGACCGGAGACACUGUGGUUAACAUAACAGUUAAGGAUUUGAAUGACAACUCUCCCCAUUUUCUUCAGGCAGUGGAGAGUGUGAAUGUGGUGGAGAACUGGCAGGCAGGUCACAGCAUUUUCCAAGCCAAGGCUGUGGACCCUGAUGAAGGUGUCAAUGGCAUGGUGCUCUAUACCCUGAAGCAGAACCCCAGGAACCUGUUCGCCAUCAGCGAGAAGAGUGGGCACGUUAGUCUGCUGAGGCCCCUGGAUGCCCACGCUGGUUCCUACCAGAUAGAGAUCCUGGCAUCUGACAUGGGUGUGCCCCAGCUCUCCUCGAGCGUCAUCUUAACCGUUUAUGUCCAUGACGUCAAUGACAAUCCACCGGUAUUUGACCAGCUCUCUUAUGAGGUCACGCUUUCUGAGUCAGAACCUGUGAAUUCUCGGUUCUUUCAAGUGCAAGCUUCUGAUAAGGAUUCGGGAGCAAAUGGCGAAAUUGCAUACAGCAUCGCUGAAGGAAAUACCGGGGAUGCUUUUGGCAUAUUCCCAGAUGGUCAGCUGUAUAUAAAGAGUGAACUGGACCGUGAACUUCAGGACAGAUACGUUUUACUGGUUGUAGCUUCCGACAGAGCAGUGGAACCCCUGAGUGCGACUGUGAAUGUUACUGUAAUUUUAGAAGAUGUCAAUGAUAACAGACCUCUUUUCAACAGUACCAAUUACUCAUUUUAUUUCGAAGAGGAGCAGAAAGCUGGGGCGUUCGUGGGCAAAGUGAGUGCUGUAGAUAAAGACUUCGGGCCAAAUGGAGAAGUCAGGUAUUCUUUUGAAACGGUGCAGCCGCACUUUGAGCUGCACGCUCUUAGUGGGGACAUCACAAGCACCCACCAGUUCGACAGGGAGUCUCUUAUGAGGCGCAGGGGGGCUGCGGUGUUCACCUUCACAGUCAUUGCCACAGACCAGGGGCUCCCGCACCCUCUCAAGGAUCAGGCGACUGUGCAUGUUUACUUGAAGGAUGUAAAUGACAACGCCCCCAAGUUUGUGAAAGACUUCUACCAAGCCACCGUAUCCGAGUCGGCAGCCAACCUGACGCAGGUUUUAAGAGUGUCGGCCUCAGAUGUUGAUGAAGGUAGUAAUGGACUUAUUCAUUAUUCUGUAAUAAAGGGAAACGAAGAGAGACAGUUUGCUAUAGAUGGCACCUCUGGUCAGGUGACGCUCAUUGGCCAAUUAGACUACGAAGCCACAGCUGCCUAUUCCCUUGUAAUUCAGGCGGUGGAUUCCGGGGCUGUGUCCCUCAAUUCAACCUGUACCUUAACUAUUGAUGUUUUAGAUGAGAAUGACAACACCCCUUCCUUCCCUAAGUCGACACUCUUUGUGGAUGUUUUGGAAAACAUGAGAAUUGGUGAGCUGGUGUCCUCUGUCACUGCCACUGACUCAGAUUCCGGUGACAAUGCUGAUUUACAAUACAGCAUCACUGGGACUAACAACCACGGAACUUUCAGCAUUAGCCCAAACACUGGGAGUAUUUUUCUUGCCAAGAAAUUGGACUUUGAAACACAGUCUUUGUACAAAUUAAAUAUAACGGCAAAAGACAAAGGAAGGCCUCCUCGUUCAUCCACAAUGUCAGUGGUGAUACAGGUGAGAGACUUCAACGACAACCCUCCUAGCUUUCCCCCCGGGGAUAUUUUCAAGUCCAUUGUUGAGAACAUUCCCAUUGGGACAUCUGUCAUUUCAGUGACUGCCCACGACCCCGAUGCAGACAUUAAUGGGCAACUAGCUUAUGCGAUCGUCCAGCAGAUGCCCAGGGGCAACCACUUUGGCAUAGAUGAAGUCCAAGGCACCAUAUAUACAAACGCUGAAAUAGAUCGGGAAUUCGCUAAUCUCUUUGAGUUAACGGUGAAAGCCAACGACCAAGCCGUGCCUGUGGAGACUAGACGGUGUGCUUUGAAAAACGUGACCAUCUUGGUUACAGACCUCAAUGACAACGUCCCAGUGUUCAUAUCACAAAACGCCCUGGCAGCCGACCCUUCGGCCGUGAUCGGCACCGUCCUGACCACAGUCAUGGCGGCCGACCCAGACGAAGGUGCCAACGGAGAAGUGGAGUACGAGAUCAUCAACGGGGACACAGACACCUUCGUCGUGGACCGUUUCAGCGGGGACUUGAGAGUAGCCUCCGCGCUGGUGCCCUCCCAGCUGAUCUACAACCUCAUCGUCUCGGCCACGGACCUUGGCCCCGAAAGGAGGAAAUCCACCACUGAACUGACCGUCAUUCUUCAGGGCCUUGACGGACCUGUUUUUACGCAACCCAAGUAUAUAACUAUUUUGAAGGAAGGGGAACCCAUUGGGACUAACGUGAUAUCAAUAGAAGCGGCUAGCCCCAGAGGGUCGGAAGCCCCAGUGGAGUAUUACAUCGUCUCCGUUCGCUGUGAAGAAAAGACCGUGGGCCGCCUCUUUACCAUCGGGCGGCUGACCGGCAUGAUGCAGACGGCGGCCGUCCUGGACCGGGAGCAAGGAGCUUGCCUGUACCUGGUGGAGGUGUACGCCAUAGAGAAGUCCACUGCUUUCCCCAGAACACAGAGAGCGGAGGUGGAAAUAACACUUCAGGACAUCAAUGACAACCCGCCAGUGUUCCCGACUGACAUGCUGGACCUCACCGUGGAGGAGAACAUUGGCGACGGCUCAAAGAUCAUGCAGCUCACCGCCGUGGAUGCUGAUGAGGGGGCGAAUGCUCUUGUCACGUACACCAUCAUCAGUGGGGCCGAGGACAGCUUCCGCAUUGACCCCGAGUCCGGAGACCUGAUAGCGACCAGGAGGCUGGACAGAGAGCGCCGUUCCAAAUACUCUUUGCUGGUUCGUGCGGAUGACGGUCUCCAGUCCUCGGACAUGAGAAUUAACAUCACGGUCAGCGACGUGAACGACCACUCACCCAAAUUCUCCAGGCCUGUGUACUCCUUUGACAUCCCUGAAGACACCACCCCAGGUUCUUUGGUGGCAGCGAUUUUAGCUACAGAUGACGACUCCGGUGUGAAUGGAGAAAUUACCUACAGUGUGAAUGAGGACGAUGAGGAUGGCCUGUUUUUCCUGAAUCCAGUUACCGGAGUCUUCAAUUUGACUCGGACAUUAGAUUAUGAAGCUCAGCAGUAUUAUGUCCUCACUGUUCGAGCUGAAGACGGUGGGGGGCAAUUGACCACCAUCAGGGUUUACUUCAAUGUACUGGACGUGAACGACAAUCCCCCCCUUUUCAGCCUCAGCUCAUACAGCACAUCUUUAAUGGAGGAUCUGCCCCCAGGGUCCACGGUGCUUGUGUUCAAUGUUACAGAUGCAGAUGAUGGCAUCAACUCCCAGUUGGCUUACAGCAUCGCUUCAGGCGACAGCCUCGGCCAGUUCGCAGUGGACAAGAGCGGUGUCCUGACCGUCCUCAAGGCUUUGGAUCGGGAAAGUCAGUCCUUCUACAACCUGGUGGUUCAGGUGCAGGACCUGCCGCCGCUUCCGGCCCCCAGGUUCACCAGCACUGCCCAAGUCUCCAUUAUUUUGCUGGAUGUAAAUGAUAACCCACCAACAUUUCUCUCCCCUAAAUUGACCUACAUUCCAGAAAACACACCGAUUGAUACCGUUGUUUUCAAAGCUCAGGCAACAGACCCGGACAGCGGCCCGAACAGCUACAUUGAGUACACCCUGCUGAACCCCUUGGGGAACAAGUUCAGUAUCGGGACCAUUGAUGGUGAAGUGAGGCUCACUGGAGAGCUGGACCGGGAGGAGGUUUCUAACUAUACUCUGACUGUGGUGGCUACAGACAAAGGUCACCCAUCUCUCUCCUCGUCGACAGAGGUCGUGGUCAUGGUCCUCGACAUCAAUGACAACAGCCCUGUUUUUGCACAGGCCUUGUACAGGGUGGAGAUUAACGAGAACACGCUCACAGGAACAGACAUCAUGCAAGUGCACGCGGCAGAUGGGGACGAGGGCACGAACGGACAGGUCCGCUACGGCCUCCUGGAUGGGAACGCCAAUCAGGAGUUUCGGAUCGACUCCGUCACAGGCGCCAUCACGGUGGCUAAGCCACUGGACAGAGAAAGGACCCCAACCUACCUUUUAACGGUUCAGGCAACAGAUCGGGGCAGUACCCCCCGAACCGACACCUCCACUGUCAGCGUUGUCCUGCUGGACGUCAAUGACUUUGUUCCUGUGUUUGAGCUGUCUCCGUAUUCCGUACAUGUCCCUGAGAAUUUAGGGACACUGCCCAGAACAAUCCUUCAGGUGGUGGCCAGAGAUGAUGACCAGGGUUCUAACAGCAAACUCUCCUACGUCCUGUUUGGUGGUAAUGAAGACGGUGCUUUCACCCUCUCAGAGAGCGGGGAACUCCGGGUAACACAGAGUUUGGACCGAGAGACCAAGGAGCACUUCGCCUUGACGGUCACAGCUAUAGAUUCUGGAUCCCCUGCUCUGACUGGAACUGGAACGAUCAAUGUCAUAGUGGAUGAUGUCAAUGACAAUGUCCCCACUUUUGCCAGUAAGCUGUAUCUCACUACCAUUCCCGAAGAUGCGCCCACGGGAACAGACGUCUUGCUGGUGAGCGCCUCCGACGCCGACGCCUCCACGAACGCCGUGAUCAGUUACAGGAUCAUCGGCGGAAACUCCCAGUUCACCAUCAACCCCUCCACCGGGCAGAUCAUCACCAGCGCGUUGCUGGACAGGGAGACGAGGGGCAACUACACGCUGGUCGUGGUCUCCACGGAUGCCGGGUCCCCGGGGGCGCUCUCCAGUUCCACCAGCGUGCUCGUCACUGUGACUGACGUCAACGACAACCCACCCAGCUUUCAGCAUCACCCAUAUGUCACGCACAUCCCAUCCCCAACUCCUCCAGGUUCCUUCGUCUUUGCGGUGACAGUCACGGAUGCUGAUAUCGGACCCAAUUCUGAACUGCAUUACUCUCUUUCGGGCAGAAACUCUGAAAAAUUUCACAUUGACCCGCUGCGGGGAGCUAUCAUGGCAGCCGGACCACUAAACGGAGCCUCUGAAAUGACGUUUUCUGUGCACGUAAAAGAUGGAGGUGUGCUUCCAAAGACGGACUCCACAACAGUGACCGUGAGGUUUGUGAACAAGGCGGACUUCCCCAAAGUCAGAGCCAAAGAACAAACCUUCAUGUUUCCCGAAAGCCAACCGGUGGGCACUCAUGUGACCACUGUGAUGGGGUCCUCCCUGCGAGGGGACCCUUUGUCCUAUUACAUUGCUAGUGGGAACCUCGGCGGUACCUUCCAGAUUGACCAGUUAACCGGGCAGGUGUCCAUCAGCCAGCCUCUGGAUUUUGAAAAGAUACAAAAAUAUGUCAUUUGGAUCGAGGCCAGAGAUGGCGGUUUCCCCCCUUUCUCCUCCUACGAGAAACUUGACAUCACUGUGUUGGAUGUCAACGAUAACGCCCCAGUUUUUAAGGAAGAUCCAUUUGUAUCUGAAAUAUUGGAAAACCUUUCCCCUCGAAAAAUACUUACUGUCUCAGCAAUGGACAAGGACAGUGGGCCCAACGGACAGUUAGAUUAUGAAAUUGUGCAUGGCAACAAGGAACAUAGUUUUAGCAUCAAUCAUGCGACCGGUGAGAUUAGAAGCAUUCGACCUUUAGACAGGGAGCACGUCUCUCAGUAUGUGCUCACGGUGAUGUCCUCGGACAAGGGCUCCCCUUCUCAGAGUUCCUCGGUGAACGUCGUCAUUAACAUUCUAGACGAAAACGAUAAUGCCCCUAGGUUUUCUCAGAUAUUCAGUGCCCGUGUUCCUGAAAACUCCCCAUUAGGGUACACGGUCACCCGCGUCACGACCUCUGAUGAGGACAUCGGUGCAAAUGCCAUUAGCAGAUACUCCAUAAUGGACACCAGUCUUCCGUUUACCAUUAAUCCCAGCACAGGGGACAUUGUCAUUAGCAGACCUUUAAAUAGAGAAGACACAGACCGUUAUAGGAUCCGAGUUUCCGCGCAUGAUUCCGGCUGGACUGUAAGCACAGACGUCACGAUCUUUGUGACAGAUAUCAAUGACAAUGCUCCGAGAUUCAGCAGACCCUCCUACUAUUUAGAUUGCCCUGAACUUAGUGACAUCGGCUCCAAAGUGACUCAGGUGUCUGCAGCAGACCCUGAUGAGGGGACAAAUGGACAAGUGUUUUAUUUUAUAAAAUCUCAGUCAGAGUAUUUCAGAAUUAAUGCCACCACAGGAGAGAUUUUCAAUAAACAGAUCUUAAGAUACCAAAACGUCAGUGGCUUCAGUAACAUGAACAUCAACAGACACAGCUUCAUAGUGACAUGUUCUGAUCGAGGUAACCCUUCUUUACUCAGUGAGACCACCGUGACCAUCAACAUAGUGGACAGUAAUGACAAUGCACCCCAGUUUCUCAAAACCAAAUACUUUACUCCAGUCACCAAAAAUGUGAAAAUUGGUACAAAAUUAAUCAAAGUUACAGCAGUGGAUGAUAAAGAUUUCGGACUGAAUUCCGAAGUGGAGUAUUUCAUGUGGAGUGAAAAUCCCUUGGGGAAAUUUACGCUGGACAAGAGUACAGGGUGGAUCUCAGUAGCGUCUUCCCUCAUCUCUGACUUGAAUCAAAACUUUUUGAUCACUGUCACUGCAAAGGAUAAAGGAAACCCCCCACUGUCAUCCCAAGCAACCGUUCAAAUAAUUGUCACUGAGGAAAACUACCACACUCCGGAAUUCUCUCAAAGCCACAUGAGUGCCACCAUCCCUGAAAGCCACAGUGUUGGGGCCGUAGUCAGAACGGUUUCUGCAAGGGACAGAGACGCUGCGAUGAAUGGCCUCAUCAGGUACAGCAUCUCUUCCGGAAACGAAGACGGUCUUUUUGCCAUCAACUCCACCACUGGUGUGUUAACACUAGCCAAAGCUCUUGAUUACGAGCUAUGCCAGAAACAUGACAUGACCGUUAGUGCCACAGACGGCGGAUGGGUCGCAAGAACGGGUUACUGCAGCGUCACUGUCAAUGUGCUCGAUGUGAAUGACAACUCGCCAGUGUUUCUCCCUGAGGAAUAUUUCCCGACGGUUUUAGAAAACGCCCCAAGCGGGACCACAGUCAUCCACCUAAACGCCACGGACGCCGACUCUGGAGCCAAUGCCGUGAUCGCGUACACUGUGCAGUCAUCUGACAGUGACCUCUUUGUCAUUGACCCCAACACGGGCGUCAUCACCACCCAAGGCUUCUUGGAUUUUGAAACCAAGCAGAGUUACCACCUCACUGUGAAAGCAUUUAAUGUCCCCGAUGAAGAAAGGUGCAGUUUUGCCACAGUUAAUAUACAACUAAAGGGGACAAAUGAAUAUGUGCCUCGUUUUGUUUCCAAGCUUUACUAUUUUGAAGUCUCAGAAGCAGCCCCUAGGGGCACGAUUGUUGGGGAAGUGUUUGCCAGUGACCGGGAUUUGGGCGCUGAUGGGGAGGUACACUAUCUGAUUUUUGGUAACAGCAGGAAGAAGGGUUUCCAGAUCAAUAAGAAAACGGGACAAAUUUAUGUUUCUGGACUUCUGGAUAGAGAAAAAGAGGAAAGGGUUUCUUUGAAGGUGCUGGCCAAGAAUUUUGGCAGCAUUAGGGGCGCAGACAUAGACGAGGUCACUGUAAAUAUCACCGUUCUGGAUGCCAACGACCCACCCAUUUUCAGUCUGAACAUCUACAGCGUCCAGAUCAGUGAAGGGGUCCCAACGGGAACUCACGUGACCUUCGUCAGUGCCUUUGACUCAGACUCUGUCCCCAGCUGGAGCAGGUUUUCUUACUUCAUCGGGUCAGGGAAUGACAAUGGUGCAUUUUCCAUCAACCCGCAGACGGGACAGAUCACCGUGACCGCAGAACUGGACCGGGAGAGCCUCCCGGUCUACAAUCUCACGGUGCUGGCUGUUGAUUCGGGGACACCCUCGGCCACAGGAAGUGCCUCUUUGUUGGUCACCUUGGAAGAUAUAAAUGACAAUGGCCCCGUGUUGACCACCUGCAAAGGAGAAGUUACGGAAAACAAACGCCCGGGAACACUGGUGAUGACCCUUCAGUCCACCGACCCUGACCUCCCCCCAAAUCAAGGCCCCUUCACCUACUACCUGCUGAGCACCGGUCCUGCCACCAACUAUUUCAGUCUGAACACCGCGGGGGUUCUGAGCACCACCCGAGAGAUAGACAGAGAGCAGAUCGCAGACUUCUACCUGUCGGUGGUGACUCGGGACUCUGGCGUCCCUCAGAUGUCGUCCACUGGCACUGUGCACAUCACCGUGGUGGACGAGAAUGACAACCCUUCCCAGUCCCGGACGGUGGAGAUCUUUGUCAAUUAUUACGGCAACCUGUUUCCUGGUGGGGUUUUGGGCUCCGUGAAGCCACAGGAUCCGGACGUGUUGGACACCUUCCACUGCUCCCUUACUUCAGGAGUGACAAGCCUCUUCAGCGUCCCCAGGGGCACCUGUGACCUGAAUUCCCAGCCAAGGUCCACAGACGGCACAUUUGACCUGAUGGUGCUUAGCAACGACGGCGUUCACAGCACAGUCACGAGCAAUGUCCGCGUUUUCUUCGCCGGCUUCUCCAACGCCACCAUCGACAGCAGCAUCCUGCUGCGGCUGAGUGUCCCAGUUCUGCAGGACUUCCUGACGGACCACUACCUGCACUUCCUGCGCAUCGCGGGCUCGCAGCUCACGGGCCUGGGCACUGCCGUGCAGCUCUACGGGGCCUACGAAGAGAACAACAGGACGUUUCUCCUGGCCGCCGUGAAGCGGGGCAACAAUCAGUACGUGAAUCCCAGCGGGGUGGCCACCUUCUUCGAAAGCAUCAAAGAGAUCCUUCUCCGGCAGAGCGGGGUCAGGGUAGAGUCCGUGGACCACGACCCGUGUGCCCGAGGCCCGUGUCAGAACGGCGGGAGCUGUGUCAGGCGGCUGGCUGUGAGCCCCACGGUCAAGACCCACGAGAGCCUGCCGGUCAUCAUCGUGGCCAACGAACCGCUGCAGCCGUUCCUGUGCAGGUGCCUGCCGGGCUACGCCGGGGGCUGGUGUGAGACGGACAUUGAUGAGUGCCUCCCGUCCCCGUGCCACAACGGGGGGACCUGCCACAACUUGGUGGGCGGGUUCUCCUGCAGCUGCUCAGAGGGCUUCACGGGGAGGGCCUGCGAGAGAGACGUCAACGAGUGCCUGCCCAGCCCCUGCAAGAACGGCGCCGUCUGCCAGAAUUUCCCCGGGAGCUUCAGCUGUGUGUGCAAAACCGGGUACACAGGAAAACUGUGCGAAUCUUCGGUCAACCACUGUGAAUGCAACCCCUGCUUUAAUGGCGGUUCCUGCCAGAGCGGUGUGGAGUCCUACUACUGCCACUGUCCCUUCGGUGUCUUUGGGAAACACUGUGAGCUGAACAGCUAUGGAUUUGAGGAGUUGUCCUACAUGGAGUUUCCCAGCCUGGACCCCAAUAACAACUACAUUUAUGUCAAAUUCGCAACGAUUAAAAGCCAUGCUUUACUGCUUUACAACUAUGACAACCAGACAGGGGACCGAGCAGAGUUUUUGGCCCUUGAAAUUGCUGAAGAAAGACUAAGAUUCUCCUACAAUUUAGGCGGCGGUACAUACAAACUCACCACCAUGAAGAAGGUGUCGGAUGGACAGUUUCACACCGUAAUUGCCCGGAGAGCAGGAAUGGCGGCGUCCUUAACCGUGGACUCCUGCUCCGAGAGCCAAGAGCCCGGCUACUGCACCGUCAGCAACGUGGCCAUCUCCGAGGACUGGACUCUUGACGUUCAGCCAAAUCGAGUCACAGUUGGAGGCAUCAAGUCUCUGGAACCAGUUCUGCAGAGAAGAGGGCACGUGGAAAGUCAUGAUUUCGUCGGGUGCAUCAUGGAGUUUGCCGUGAACGGGAGGCCCCUGGAGCCCAGCCAGGCUUUGGCUGCACAAGGCAUCCUAGACCAAUGCCCCAGGCUGGAAGGCGCCUGCACGCGCAGCCCCUGCCAGCACGGCGGCACGUGCACGGACUACUGGUCUUGGCAGCAGUGCGCCUGCGCAGAAGGACUGACCGGCAAAUACUGUGAGAAAUCGGUCACUCCUGACACUGCCCUGUCCCUGGAAGGGAAAGGACGCCUGGACUACCACAUGAGCCAGAACGAGAAGCGGGAAUAUCUGUUAAGACAGAGCAUCCGGGGCGCCACGCUGGAGCCUUUUGGUGCGAACAGCCUGGAAGUAAAAUUCAGGACGAGAAGCGAGAACGGCAUUUUAAUGCACAUUCAAGAAAGCAGCAAUUACACGACUGUGAAGAUUAAGAACGGCAAAAUACAUUUUACAUCAGAUGCCGGAAUCGCUGGGAAGGUGGAGAGAAACAUCCCUGAACUGUACGUUGCCGACGGUCACUGGCAUACUUUUCUAAUCGGCAAAAAUGGAACAGCCACAGUAUUGUCCGUCGACAAGACAUACCACAGAGAUAUCAUCCACCCAACUCAGGAUUUUGGUGGCCUCGAUGUGCUCACUAUAUCCCUUGGAGGAAUUCCACCCAAUCAAGCUCAUCGAGACACUCAGACAGGGUUUGACGGCUGCAUCGCGUCCGUGCUCUAUGGCGGGGAGAGCCUGCCUUUCAGCGGGAAGCACAGCCUGGCCUCCAUCUCCAAGACGGACCCCUCGGUGAAGACAGGCUGUCGGGGGCCGAACAUCUGUGCCAGCAACCCCUGCUGGGGCGAUCUACUGUGCAUCAACCAGUGGUACGCCUACAAGUGUGUGCCCCCCGGCGACUGUGCCUCGCACCCCUGCCAGAACGGGGGCAGCUGCGAGCCAGGCCUGCAUGCCGGCUUCACCUGUAGCUGCCCAGAGUCACACACCGGGAGGACCUGUGAGACGGUGGUGGCCUGCCUCGGGGUCAUCUGUCCUCAGGGGAGGCUGUGCAAAGCUGGGAGUCCCGGAGGGCACGUCUGUGUCCUGAGUCCUGGUCCUGAAGAGAUCUCGCUGCCCCUGUGGGCCGUGCCUGCCAUUGUGGGCAGCUGCGCCACGGUGCUGGCCCUCCUGGUCCUGAGCCUGAUCCUCUGUAACCAGUGCCGGGGCAAGAAGGCCAACGGCCCCAAAGAGGAGAAGAAACCCAAGGAGAAGAAAAAGAAGGGGAGCGAGAACGUUGCUUUCGAUGAUCCAGACAACAUCCCGCCCUACGGGGACGACAUGACUGUGAGAAAGCAGCCAGAGGGGAACCCCAAGCCCGAUAUCAUUGAGAGGGAGAACCCCUACCUCAUCUAUGAUGAGACCGACAUUCCCCACAACUCCGAGACCAUCCCCAGCGCCCCGCUGGCCUCCCCGGAGCAGGAGAUAGAGCACUAUGACAUCGACAACGCCAGCAGCAUCGCCCCAUCGGACGCCGACAUCAUCCAGCACUACAAGCAGUUCCGCAGCCACACCCCGAAGUUCUCCAUCCAGAGGCACAGCCCCCUGGGCUUCGCCAGGCAGUCCCCCAUGCCCCUGGGGGCCAGCAGCCUGACCUACCAGCCUUCCUACGGCCCGGGCUUGAGAACCAGCUCCCUGAGCCACUCGGCCUGUCCCACCCCCAACCCGCUGUCUCGGCACAGCCCCGCGCCCUUCUCCAAGUCCUCCACUUUCUACAGGCACAGCCCGGCCAGGGAGCUGCACCUCCCUGCCAGGGACGGGACCGCGGCCGAGAUGCACGGCGACCCCUGCCAGCCUGGCAUUUUCAGCUACGCCACCAGGCUGGGCAGGAGGAGCAAGAGCCCCCAGGCCCUGGCCUCCCACGGCUCCAGGCCCGGGAGCCGCCUGAAGCAGCCCAUCGGGCAGAUCCCUCUGGAAUCUUCCCCUCCGGUGGGGCUCUCCAUCGAGGAGGUGGAGAGACUCAACACGCCCCGCCCGAGGAACCCGAGCAUCUGCAGCGCAGACCACGGAAGGUCUUCUUCGGAGGAGGACUGCCGGAGGCCCCUGUCCCGAACCAGGAACCCGGCGGACGGCAUUCCUGCCCCCGAGUCCUCCUCCGACAGCGACUCCCACGAGUCGUUCACGUGCUCAGAAAUGGAGUACGACAGGGAAAAGCCCAUGGUGUACACCUCCAGGAUGCCCAAACUGUCUCAAGUCAAUGAGUCGGACGCGGAUGAUGAAGACAAUUACGGCGCCAGGCUGAAGCCCAGAAGAUACCACGGGCGCAGGGCGGAGGGCGCGCCAGGGGGCGCGCAGACGCCCGGAGCGGCCGACAACACGCUGCCCCUGAAGCUGGGGCAGCAAGCGGGGAACUUCAACUGGGACAACCUGUUGAACUGGGGCCCCGGCUUUGGGCAUUAUGUGGACGUAUUUAAGGAUUUGGCGUCUCUACCAGAAAAAGCAGCAGCCAAUGAAGACGGCAAAAGUGGGACGAGCCAGCCAGCGCCCAAGGACGGCGAGGCGGAGCAGUACGUGUGAGCGGGUGUGCGCGCGUGUGCGCGGCUGCACCAGGAAGACGAGGGCACUCCCGCAGCGCACGUCUGGCCACGGAGCAGCGCACACGCGCACGUGCAAAACCGGCCAGUAAGCACGGGUGUCGGAGGGAAACUUUAAAAUAAUAACCACAAUGCUGCUGAAACCGACUCACAACAACUUUAAUUUAAAGUGCUUGGUUGCAUUCCCCCCCCCUGCAUGCAUUGUAUUGUGUGAGUAGUGAUGUGGCGUGCAGCAUUCAGGAGUUUUUUUCUUACCACUGUUGGCUGUGUGAUUUUGAAAAGUGACGCCGUGCCAUUGCAGAAAUGAACUUGUUGCUCUCACAGUGGGGUUGAGUAUCGUUGCCGUUGUGUUAAUUACUGUUUUGCAUCGCAAGAUCCUGGAGGUUUAACAGAUCCUUGUAAAGCGGAGAAAAGAGCCCUCCUAUCCGUGAAUGAAAGACUAAGUAUUAAUACUCUAAGGAUUGUAGAUUCCAUAUUCGAUGUUGCUCGGGUGUGUCUCAAGAGUUGAAUACGUUUUACAUGACCAUGGGUACUAAAAUGAAGUCAUUUUGUUCAGCACUUUAGGACUUUCUUAUGAAAUUGUGUUAAAACUUCUGAAUCAUCUUUCAUGUGAGCAGCGAUGGUAUUUCGACUGGUGUCAGGCGUCCACUAGGAGCGAGGUGACCGCACGCGGCCCCCAGGACACGGCCACCUUCUACCGUGGAAUGACGCGCUCCACCGCGCCUCCCAGAGACACUGUCAAACGUUAUUUAUUGAAAAAUGUUCUAUGCUUUUAAAAUUUUAAGAGUCGACUUAAGAAAGCCUAUGAUCGGACUUACUUUUCAACCAUUUAGCAUUUACCCCAAGUACCCAGUUUUUAUAAUUUAUAUAAAGUUCAAUUUCCACACUUCUUACUUUCUGUCGUUUUGUAGAUCAUUUUUAAUACUGUGUAAAAACUUUUUUUUUUUACACCUAAGCCGUGUUUUUGAUACUGAUAUUUUCCUAUGCUGAAUAGUUUUCUUACUUUCCGGGAAGGUAAGAAAAUACUUUUUUUACAUUUGUUACUUAUGUAACAUUCAUAUUUUUCACAUUUUGAUAUUUGUAACAUACUGUAUGCUUUCUACUUGUAAAUGCCAACAAUAGAAUUAAAAUAUUUAUUUAAAAUAUGUUGUAUCCACAGUGUAAUGUUAAAUUUUCAUCCCUCUGUAGUAUUUCCUCCCCUGAUUGAAAAUAGCCUCCACUUGUCAGGAAGGUAUGUCAAGUUGAACUAUAAAUGGGCAACCUCUUUUUCUUUAAAAACAACACGAGUGUGGCUAAUUGCCAGAAUAGAUACCUUAAGGUCACUUUAGUGGCCUCCUACCUGCUGCAGUCCUUGGACUUCCCUGGAGCAUAAUGAGCUUCGACUGGACUUGUCUCAGGGGCCUAACUCUGUGAGGAGCUCUCUGUAAGCAUCCUGGCAAUUUAUUGCCAGCGGUUGCCAGUUCCCCUUAGAGUACGUUCCCUGAAGGGCAGCUUCGGACCAGGCUUACGGUUCCAGGAACAGCCUGGAAUUAGAGCUCAUUACGGAAAAAUGUCUGGGUCUCACUUUCUCCCAACUUUCCUUGAAGUCCUGUGGUAUAGCAAGAAUGACGGGGAAGGUUCUGCACUCGCAUCUAAGUCCUUCAUCACUCUGCGGCGGUCAUUCCAAACAAAAUUUACAUUAUUUUUGCCAAGACAAACCCCUACUCUCGGGUAGGCACCCAAGAGUGAAAGUUUAGGAGAAGGGUCGAGCCAGGAACAAAACCAUCUGUGCAGAGAUGGUUACAUCUGGGAGCACAGGAUUCCCACCAAUGACCUCGCAGCCUCAGAACAUUCUGUAGUGAAAACUUGCCCCAGCCCGAUUGAUAUUGGCUGUGCCGCCGACUGCCCUACAUCCAAUAGGGGUUUGAACAAUAUGUGUAGAAGCUUUCAGUAAAUAAAAUUCUUUUAAAUGAAUACCAAGACAUUGAAAUUUAGUCCAGAAUUAUUUUGUCACUUCGUAAUGCUGGGAUUGUGCUUUUUGUUUCAGAAUAGGAAAUCAAAUGUGGGUUUAAUCUAAAUUACAAUAUUCCUAUAAUGUGGUGUAGACUGAGUGCAAGACACUAAUUUUUUUGUCACCUGUGAUGAGCAAAUGUGUUUUGGUAUUUCCUUAUGAAUUUUAGUACUAUGGAUUUAUGAGCCAAAUAUGGGAUCAUGCUAAAUGCUUCAUAUAACUCAAAACAGAGUACAUUUUUAUUCUCUCUCGAAACUCUGAAGCAUCUCCGUGUCUUCAAGGAUAUAAACUCUAUAAUUGAGAACAGAGCCCAAGUAAAAUGAUAACCACAAUUAUUGCCAAGGGUUCAGGGGAAAGAAACAGAUUCUGUGUUCUAAUUCUCUAAGAAUUCUUUGUGAGACAGAGGAUCACAAUGUGCUUGAUUAAUCCAUCCCAGUUAAAGAAUAAUGUUGGAUUUUUCUAGGACAAUUUCUAGCCUUUGGUUCUCCUCAGAAAUCUGUUUCACCGAAGCAAGAACGACACAGUGUAACAAAUCAGAAACGCGGGUCACUCACAUGCAGAUGAAUACCAACACGCUGAAAGGGCAGAGCAAGGCGUCGGAUGUUGGGGUCGUGGGAGAUUCUAGACGGAGUGACUAGGCAGCGAUUUCCUCAGAUAAAUGGUUAGUGGUGCCCUGCUCGUUCACGCACAAAAUCGUGACCUCAGAAUUUUAAGCCAGCCCCUGUAAGGGUUUAUCGGACUUUCUGGGAUACAGUCACUCUGCGGGGCUCCUCCUGUGCGUGUGUUGUGAAAGUGUGACUUCCUUCGGGUGCACACUGAAAACGCC